AUGGGCUAUCCAGGCAUGCCUCCAAUGGUGCCCCAUGGCUACCCCAUGGGAUAUCCAGGACAUCCGGGACAUCCGGGUCAUCCGGCACAUCCUGGACAUCCUGGACAUCCUGGACAUCCUGGACAUCCGGGACAUCCGGGACAUCCAUACCUUCCACAUGGGAAGGAAAAAAAAGAAAAGAAAAGCAAAGAUAAGAAAAAGCGCAGAAGAGACAGGAGCAGCUCUUCAAGUGACAGAAGCAGUAGUAGUGGAAGAAAAAAGAAAAGAAAGAAGGAGAAGGACAAAGACAAGAAAGCUCGCAAAAGGAGCCCAUCUGCACAGGAUGAUUCCGAAACGGCAGCGCGCGCACAAGCUGCUCUACGAGCAGCGGCAGCAGCUGCAGCUGUUGCGGGGUCACGAAGGAGUGCUUCUCCUUUGGCUGGAGAUGCUGCAGGCGCACCCAAAGGAAGUGAAGCUCCGCAGGUGGCUGAGAUGGAAGACCAGGACUUGGCAAACAGGGCCCGUGGUUUCAUGAGGCCGGAAAAGAUAGACAUCCUGCAGCUUCCCAAGUCUGUCAUUGGAAGGGUCAUUGGAAAGGCUGGAGCCACCAUCAAGGACAUCCGUGAGCGUACAGGCGCUCGGAUAGAUGCUCGAGACCAGACGGAAGAUCCUGUCCAGGAACGGAGGGAUGGGCAAAAAAAGUUGCGAGGGUUGAAGAAGCUCAGGAUAGGUAAUGGAAACAGCAAGGCAAGCAAAACAGCAAGGUUGUCAUUCUUGUCAGUGCUCUGGGCAUGUUGGCUUUGGGCAUCUGUGCAGGCACUUAUCUUGGAAGUUGCCGAUGGUGCGAUGCUCUCAGGCGCUUAG